AUGCUGCGAACAUGUAUUGUUACUGAGGGACCUGACUUUGCCAAGAAAACGCGCGGUCCUACUUCGGACGCCGUCACGAAGGCGGUGCGCAUGUCCCUUCAGAUUAUUUCGGCGCCGCUUGCGGCUCCCGAACCUUUGCAGCCGAUCCUCCCGCAGUCGAAAUCUUCAUCGCCCUCGAAAAUUGAAAUUCGACAACGUUGA